AUGGAAGAUCAACAGUCGGACAUAAAUGAAGCACUCAAGAGGAGAAUCCACCAAUUGGAGCAAAAAUACAGGAAGAUGACCUCGAGACAAGUGAUCAUGAUGAGGACCAGCAAAAAGAUCUUGAGAAAAUUCAAGGAAAACGAGAAGCAAAUGACUUCGAUUCUGAAUCUUGAUCCAAAGGAAAUCCGUGACAGUUGCGAGACCAUGAAGAACGUCGUGGAGCUAAAACCUCUGGACAGCGCACAAUUUCAACGGAUGGAAGGGGCAGACGCAGACAAGAUCAAGAAUGUGCUACUGAAAGUGAUUCCCCCGAUUCCCAAACUGCUCAAGUCGUCUGUUCAUCACAAACGAAAACGAGAAAUCGAGGGUUUCGACUCGUCAUCAUUUCGUACGAAUAGGAAGAAACAAGGAUCGCUCGAGUCAACUGAUCAAGACCCAUCUAAUCUGUCAUCUCGGCCGCAAGAUCUUCAAGCUUUUGGAAAACGCCCUAAUGGCCAUGACAACCCCAACACAGAAAGAAGAAAUGGCAAACUAUCACACCAGAACUCCAUGCAAAAUGGAAAAGGAGAUACGUUGCACGGGAAUCCGGAAGGUGGCCGAGUCAGCAACGGAGGAGGCGGCGGGGAGCAGAAGGAGCAAGAAGCGGAGGCGGAGGCAGCAGCAGCCAAGGCAGCGCAAGGUCGCUGGGCGGAGGCGGAGGCGGAGGCGGAGGCGGGUCGUCAAGGGAAGGACCGCCCCCGCCGCCUGCUGGGGGAGCAGCAGGAGGACUGGCAAGAAGCGGAGGCGGAGGCAGCAGCAGCCAAGGCAGCGCAAGGUCGCUGGGUGGAGGCGGAGGCGGAGGCGGAGGCGGAGGCGGAGGCGGGUCAUCAAGGGAAGAACCGCCCCCGCCGCCUGCUGAGGGAGAUUGAUUUCGAUCGUCCAGAUGAAUGGUUCGAACAUAACACAGGGCCUUACAACAUUCAUAUCUCCCGCAAUGUCCAUGCAAGCUUCACAUCGUUGGAAUAUUCCUUCGUCAAGCAGAUGACUUUCUAUGUCAACAUGACAAAGUCAACUCUACACAGCAACUCGAAAGUUGUGGGGUACUCAUCCAACAUCAUCCGCAGUGGCCACGCAUGGGUGGUCGUUCAUUUCCCUGAAUCACAAGAUUCAUGGUGGGUCGGUAAGGUCGUGAGCAGGAAUAAUCAAGAACACAAGUUCAAGGUGUUUUUCCCAGAAGAUCUGGCAACAACAGAAUAUUGUUUGGCGAAGAAGGAUCAGAAACAGACCAUCUACUUUAUCCCGGACCCUCAAGAUUGUACUGCGCCCGACGGUUCUAUAGACAUCUCACUUCCUUUCAGGGACGAGAUGAGUCGCAAGAUCAGAACAAUGUAUGAAGAGAGCAUGGCCAAGGUCUAA